AGAGAUGUUCGAUCGGGUUCAAGUCCGGGCUCUGGCUGGGCCACUCAGGGACAUUCAGAGACUUGUCUGGAAGCCACUAGUGAUGGGUCAUGCGCACAAGCAUCGGCUCUGAGAGCCGGCUCUUUGUAGUGAAUCAGAAGAGCCGGCUCGCAUCGAGUGAGAGCCGGCUCCCAGUUUUUUGCCCAUUCGCUGCUUAGGUUUCACUUUCACAGAGGUCUGUUAUGAUUGGCCAGCAUGGCGACCAGCAUGCGGCAUUCACGUGAGAAUUAAGGAUGUGUAAACAGAGAGGGGGCGGGGCAGACACACCACUUGACUCCACUGCAAGUGAAGAGAGAGACAGAGCGGACUGAGGAGCGUGUGUGCGUCUUGCAUUGUCGUGUCGUUUAACUAUGAGUGACACUAGAAAGCGAAGCAGCAUCUGGCUGCAGUUUAAAGAUAUUGGGAACAAGAAAGCAGAGUGCCUUCACUGCAAAACGAAGGUCACUAUAAGAGCAGGUUCCACCACAAACCUGCAUAGACAUACAAGAACUGUCCAUCCUACAGUGCAGUUAGAGGAGAGAGGGCAAGCCAGCUCACCAUCUACUGAUCCUGGUGUGUCUCAUACCAGAACAACAGCUGCUGUAACGUCUACUGCCAUCCCCAUGCGUGCAAGUAUAACCUCUCCUACUGCAACUCAAAGCAAAAUAAGUCAGUUUUUACCUAAACUGAUGACCCCAGCCAAACAGCACAGUAUUGAUGAUGAGUUGGCUAAAAUGGUAGCUUCUGAUUUUCAACCCUUUUCCAUUGUGGAGGACAAAGGAAUGAAAAACUUUGUCAAAGCCCUAAAUCCCACAUACACUCUACCCAGUAGAAAAACACUUUCCCAAACAAUGAUCCCAAAACUAUAUGACACAGAACGUGCAUUAUGGCAAGAAAGGGUGACAAAAGCUCCAUCAGUUUGCCUGACAACUGACUGCUGGACCUCCAGAACAACCUGCUCUUUCAUGUCUGUCACUUGCCACUUUAUUGAAGAUUACAAGAUGACAUCUUGCCUUCUGGACUGCUUCGAGUUCACCGACAGACACACUGCAGAAAACUUGGCAGUGGAGCUACUAAGAGUGGCAAAAGAGUGGCAAGUAGAGGACAAAGUGGUGUGCUGUGUGAGUGAUAAUGCUGCAAACAUCACCAAAGCCAUAAAAGUUUUGAAGUGGACCCAUCACCCAUGUCUGGCGCAUACACUAAACCUGGUGGUUAGAGAUGCUCUGAAGGUGAUCAAAACAACCGUGGAUAAGGUGAAGGCUGUUGUGGAGUUUUUCCACAAAAGCACAGUAGCAGCACAGAAGCUAAAGUCCACACAGCGCCAAAUGGGGAUUCCUGAACUGAGGCCCAAACAAGAGUGUGCCACCAGGUGGAACUCAACAUUUGAUAUGUUGAAACGAAUGCUUGAAAUAAAAGAUGCCAUCAUCUCCACCCUGGCCCUCAUCAACGCAUCUAUUGAGCCAUUAAGCCAAGAGGAAUGGGAGCUGGUGAAAGAGGUCUGCGCCGUCCUGCAACCAUUCCAGGAGGUGACUGUGGAGAUAAGUGCAGACAGGUACCUAGAACCAUUGAAGCAUUGUUUUCUCUACUACUAUUCAGUCACUAUUAUACAUUGCAAACACAACACAUACAGUAUAAUGCAUCACGUAUAAUAUGCCACAUACUUUUAAAAAACUAAAUUCUAAAAGUUGCUGUUUUCUCUCCUUCAGCUAUGUCACAGCCUCGAAAAUGCUCCUGCUUUGCAAAGGUCUGCAGCUGGUGACAGCCGAGAACCAAUGGACAGUAACUGUGCAGAAAGUGAAGGAAUUAGUUGCAGCUCUUUGUUCAGCCAUGGACCGCAAAUUUCUGCGGAUGGAGUACAACACUGUCCUUUCAGAAACUACCUUAUUGGAUCCAAGGUUUAAAAAACUUGCCUUCAGUGAUCGUAGAGCUGUUGAUGAAGCUCUUCAGAGGAUUAGUGCAGCAGCAGCAGCAAAAUGCACCCCCAGCAGCCAGCCAGCUCCACCAUUACAGGGCCAAGUGGAGGAGGAGCAGCAAACCUCUGCUGUUUGGAGGCUUUUUGAUGACAGAGCUACAGGAGAUGCUUCAAGGAGAAAUCCGACAGCUGAUGCUAUAAUGGAGGUGAGGAGCUACCUUGAGGAGCCCCUCAUCCAGAGAGCAGAAGACCCACUGAGCUGGUGGCAGGCCAAGGCCUCAGUCUUUCCACUCCUGGUGAAGGUGAUGGAGGGGAGACUAUGUAUUGUUGCCACAUCAGUUCCUUCUGAGAGAAUCUUCUCCAAAACAGGGCAGAUACUCACGGAGAGGCGAAAUCGUAUCAGGCCUAUCAGCCCAUCCAAGCUGAGGCAUCUGAUCUUCCUGAAUGCCAACCUGCCCUGAGGACUAAUGCUGUUUGCUGGAGUUUGGUUCUGGUUUUGAUUCUGUUCUGUGGAUUUGUUUGAAGUUUAUUGUUAAUUUGUGCAAUAAAAAAGUUUAAUUGAAAUAAACAAAUGUAAGAGUGGUUUUGUCACAGAAUAAAUGCACAGAAUUAGGCAUUAUAAGGUCUCUCAUAAAAACACUGAAAGCAAAAGGGUUUUCAACACAUAAACCAUGAUUUUUUUUCAAAGUUAAGGUAAAAUAUAGGCUACAAAAGAUCCUAAAUAAAGAGCCGUUCGGGAGUCGAAAGAGCCGGCUCUUCUUUGGGAGCCGAGUCAAAAGAGCCGGCUCUCAGAAAAGAGCCGAACUUCCCAUCAUUAGAAGC